AUGGAUGUUGUAAUCAAGUGCCUUAAAAAAGAUAAUCAGAUACAGCCAGAGUCUGCGUUUGAGACAGAGAUAUUGUUGUUCUGCCAGUUGCGCCAUCCUAACCUAGUUUCAUUCAUUGGAUUUUGCGAAGAAGGAGAUGACCGUAUGCUAGUUUAUGAGUUCCUUGACAAUGGUCCCUUGUCUAAUCAUCUAUUCGGCAAGACUGCCGGAGAUCCACUCUCCUGGAAGAAACGGCUGGAUAUCUGCAUCGGGGCCGCGCGUGGUGUACAUUACCUCCACACAGGGAUUAAGCAUGCCAUUAUCCACAGAGACCUGAAAAGUUUCAACAUUCUAUUGGACAAAGACUUGGUGCCCAAGCUCUCUGCCUUGGGGCUGUCCAAAUUGGGCGGUACUAAUGUGAAAAAUAAACUCGACAAAGCUCCAUCAAGGAAGACGGGUACACUAGGGUAUGCAGAUCCGGAGUAUCUGGAAUCGGGAAACGUUACGCAAAAAUCUGAUGUCUUUGCUUUUGGAGUGGUGUUAUUUGAAGUCUUGUGUGUUAGAAGUUCAGCAAAGUUUAAAGAAUGCAUGGAUGGGACUUCACUCUUUGAUAUCAUUGAUCCAUACUUGAAGGGCGAAAUAGCUCCAGACUGUUUGAGAAAAUUUGUGGACAUUGCCGAGAGAUGUGUGCGUCGAACGGGAGCCCAGCGACCAACAAUGGGUGAAGUGGAGGUAGAACUUGAGGAUGCAUUGGAGCUGCAGGAAAAGUCGGAUUCUAGCAAAAACUUGGAGACAAGCACCUCUAUUGCUCCUGCCCAUCAUAACUAUACCUACGACGGGAUGACAUUUCGGACCAUCAAGGAUAUUUUUUUCUGGUUUGCGGAAGACAGUCUUUCAAAUAAUUUUACCACUUACCUGUCUGAAAACAAUACUACCGUAUUUUCUGACAAGUCCACGACCAAUAUGAAAAAGAAAAAAUGA